AUGAGUAUAUCAAGAGGUAACAGUUCCAACACCAGGUCAGGAUCAAGCUCAGCAUCCAGUGUCACCCAGCAUUACAGUUCAACCUUUGGACUGGGACUUACCAUCACUCCAGAACCCACUACGGAGGUUGGACAUUCUACACCCCUGAAGAAGACUCUAGUUCCUCCAAAGCAUCCUGAGGUGACACUUCCACAUCCAGACCAGGUUCAGACCCAGCAUUCACACCUGACUCAAGUCACAGUUCAACCUCCGGACCUGGAGCUUACCAUAACUACAGAACCUACUACAGAGGUUAAACUGUCUCCAACCACAGAGGAGACCUCAACUCAGCCUCCAGACCCGGGGCUUGCCAUAACUCCAGAACCCACUACAGAGAUUGGACAUUCCACAGCCCUGGAGAAGACUACAGCUCCUCGUCCAGACCAGGUUCAGACUCUGCAUCGAAAACUGACUGAAGUCACAGGUCCCCCUGCUGAGCUAGAACCUACUCAGGAUUCAUUGGUGCAGUCUGAAGGUUACAUCCAAGAUAAGGCUUUAACUGCACCAGAGGAACAGAAGGCCUCCACAAGCACCAACAUAUGUGAGCUCUGUACCUGCGAAGAUAAGAUGCUGUCAUGUAUUGAUCUCAGCCCAAAGCAGAGGCUCCACCAAGUGCCUGUGCCAGAGCCCAACACCUACAAUGGCACCUUCACCAUCUUGAACAUGGAUGGAGCUGGAGGCCAUUAUCCUCAGCAAACUAACACAGGAGCAGAAAACCACAUACAGCAUGUUCUCAUAUGCAAAAACCAAGGCCAAACAGCUGAGUUUUCUGCCCUGGAGGAGGAAACUGGUCUCUGAAAGCCAGAAGACUCUCACAUUACAUCAUUCCUGCCAGCUGCUGUCAAGAGCUGCUAAGCUGUCCUCAAGUCCUGUGUCUGAUGUCAAGCUAAUAACAGAUUUAGGGUGCAUUAGUAAAGGUAUCUUAAUCAAGUCUAGGUGCCUUCGAGAUUAGACUCAGCCAUGAUGAGCAACUAAGGAUUAGCAAGAAAGAUUACAAAUUGU